AUGUCUCAACAAGUAAUGACUUGGAAGAAGAAAGGAAGCGUCGGACGGCAAAGGAUUCGGAUGGCUAAGAUAGAGAAGGAGAGCCACAGGCAAGUCACGUUCUCGAAACGCAAAGCCGGUCUCUUCAAGAAAGCCAGCGAGCUAUGCACUUUGUGCGGUGCAGAGGUCGCGAUCAUCGUUUACUCUCCGGCCAAAAAGCCUUUCUCGUUCGGCCAUCCGAACCUCUACUCCGUAUUGGACCGCUACAGAAACAAUGCGUCGUCACUCGUGCAACAAAAACAACCGCAGGAAAACGAAGCGGCGAGAAGCGAGUUGAGUUUUGUGUUGAGUCAGUUGGAGGAGGAGAAGAAGAAGAAAGGUGAAGCGAUGAGGAAAUCGAGUGAGAUGGCCAAAUGGUCGGUGGAGGAAAUGAGUUUGCUUCAGUUACAAGAGAUGAAAUCUGCGCUCGAGGACCUUAGGAACAUAAUGGUGGUGCCUUCUCCUUCUUCUUGUUCUUCUUCUUCUUACAUGAACAUGUCUUCUGAUUUUUCUAGUAAUUACAGUUUUGGCUAUGGACACGCAUUUUCUGAAUCACAAAUGCAAAUGUAA